AUGGAGGCUCCGGAGCAGCGAAGCGUACAAGCAGCUCCCCAACAAGUGGCUGAAGACAAAUUUGUAUUUGAUUUACCGGACUAUGAAAACAUCAACCACGUAGUGGUCUUCAUGCUGGGAACGAUACCAUUUCCAGAAGGAAUGGGAGGAUCUGUCUAUUUUUGUUACCCGGACCAGAGUGGGAUGGCAGUGUGGCAGCUGCUGGGGUUUGUCACUAAUGAGAAGCCAAGUGCCAUCUUCAAAAUUUCUGGUCUGAAAUCUGGGAAGGGAAGUCAACAUCCCUUUGGUGCCAUGAACCUCCCUCAGACGCCAACGGUGGCCCAGAUUGGAAUCUCAGUGGAACUGCUGGAGAACCUGGCCCAGCAGACUCCUGUUGCAAGUGCUGCUGUGUCAUCAGUAGAUUCGUUCACAGAGUUCACUCAGAAGAUGUUGGAUAACUUCUAUAACUUUGCUUCCUCAUUUGCUGUUACUCAGGCACAGAUGACCCCAAAUCCUUCUGAAGCUUUCAUUCCUGCAAAUGUAGUUCUGAAAUGGUAUGAGAACUUCCACAGACGUCUGACACAGAACCCUCUCUUCUGGAAAACAUAAGGUUAAAUUGUGUCAUUUGAAGUGAUUUCUAAACAGUGUUACCUGAAAGAUGCAGCAAGUAUCCACUGAAGAAUUUUGGGAGAAAAAAAAAAAAAACAACGAUUAGUCUGAAUAGACACACUUGUAACUUUUGUAUUACUCUUGAAAAUUAUUUAAAAUUAAAAUCCAUAAAAACUA